AUGCAGAGGUCACCCCUCUCUCUGCUAGCAGUACUGCUGGCGGCCAUGGGGCCUGUGUCACAGGCUGAGACCCCCGGAGAGCUGGCGCCCAGCACCAGGGGCCUCAUCUUCCUUGAGGAUGGAAUCUGGCCUCCCAGCAGUGCCCCAGAGCCCUCAUGCCUGGUGAGCCUGAGAGGACAGGGGAACGCCAGCAAGGCUUCCCUGAGGGUGGUCGGGGGCCUGGACAGCUACGAGCAUGCCUUCCUGGAGGCUGUACGGGAGUCUCACUGGGAGCCCCAAGACUGGGCUACUUUUGGAGUCUGCAGUCCUGGUUCCCAGGCCACCCUGGCAGCGCUGCAGCACCUGGGGACCUGGCUGCGGGAGACUGGGGCACAGCAGUUCCUGGCCCUGCAUCUGGCUGAAGUGCUAUGGGAGCCCGCUCUGCUGCUGAAAUUCCAAGCACCUCCCCCCGGGGAAGCCAGGCCUUGGGAGCAGGCCCUGCUGGUGCUGUACCCGGGCCCAGGGCCCCACGUCACAGUCACGGGGGCUGGACUGCAGGGCCCUCAGAGCCUCUGUCCGACCCCAGACACCCGCUUUUUGGUGCUGGCCGUGGACUUCCCAGAGAGGGCCUGGAGCGGCCCUGGUCUGGCCCUAACCUUUCAGCCACACAGAGAAGGUGCCAUCCUGAGCAUUGCCCAGCUGCAGGCCUUUCUGUUUGGCUCUGACUCCCGUUGUUUCACGCGCAUGACUCCCACCCUGCUGCUGCCACCUGCCGGGCCGUCACCGUUACCGCAGCCAGCGCUCGGCCAGCUAGACACCAAGCCUUUCCCACGGCCGGGCCUGUCCCUAGAGGCGGAGGACCUGCCACACAGCUCUGACCCCUUCCUAGAGACCCUCACCCGCCUGGUCCAUGCCCUGCGGGGGCCCCUGACCCGGGCCUGGCACACACGCCUGGCCCUGGACCCUGACAAGCUGGUCAGCUUCCCGCAGGGCCUGGUCAACCUGUCGGACCCCGCGGCGCUGGAACGCCUGCUGGAUGGGGAGGAACCCCUGCUGCUGCUGCUGCCACCCGCGGCGGCCACCGCGGGAGCGCCCACGCAGCCGCACGGCCCCACUUCCGCUCCCUGGGCGGCCGGCCUGGCCCGCAGGGUGGCUGUGGAGCUGCAGGCGGCGGCCGCGGAGCUGCGGGACCUCCCGGGACUGCCCCCCGCCGCGCCCCCGCUGCUGUCGCGGCUGCUGGAGCUGUGCCCCAACGGCUCCCGCAGCCCCGGGGACCCGCUGCGCGCCCUGCUGCUGCUGAAGGCGCUCCAGGGCCUCCGGGCCGAGUGGCGCGGGCGGGAAGGGCGCGGGAGGCCCGGCCGCAGCGCGGGGACGGCGGCCGGAGGGCUGUGCGCGCUGCGCGAGCUGAGCGUGGACCUGCGCGCAGAGCGCUCCGUCCUCAUCCCUGAGACCUACCAGGCCAACAACUGCCAAGGUGCCUGCGCGUGGCCGCAGUCCGACCGCAACCCCCGCUACGGGAACCACGUGGUGCUGCUGCUGAAGAUGCAGGCCCGCGGGGCUGCCCUAGGGCGCGUCCCCUGUUGCGUGCCCACUGCCUACGCGGGCAAGCUCCUCAUCAGCCUGUCGGAGGAGCGCAUCAGUGCGCACCACGUCCCCAACAUGGUGGCCACUGAGUGCGGCUGCCGGUGACGCCCGCCCUGCCCCCGGUCAGUGCCCUAAUAAAGAUCAGCAAACGCUCAGUUGGGGUGUCUGUGGGU